UCAAAGUUGCCUACAUUAUUCAAACUCCAUCAUCAGUUCAUCACUAUCCCCAAAAACACAGGAGGGCAAUGGCAACUGGAGCAGCCCUCAGAGCUUUCAGGAAACGAAUCAUUCCUUCCUUCACAUCCCAAACCUUCGCUUCAACCUUCAAUUCUCGAUCCAUUAGCACGCUGGUUUUAGCUGAACAUGAAGGUAGCUCUCUCAAAAUCCAAUCCGUGAGCGCAGUAAAGGCAGCCAAGUCUCUAAGCAAGGACAACUCCAUUUCGUUGCUGUUGGCUGGGUCCGGCCCUGGCCUCCAUGAGGCCGCCGCACAAGCGGCUUCGUGCGACCCUUCAGUGUCUCAGGUGCUUGUGGCUGAUUCUGAUGAGUUUAGUCAUCCUCUGGCAGAACCUUGGGCUAAACUGGUCCGGUUGGUUCAGCAGAAAGGCGGCUACUCACAUGUGAUCACAACUUCAGGAUCAUUUGGGAAGAACAUAAUGCCACGGGCAGCUGCUCUUUUGGAUGUUUCUCCAAUCACGGAUGUGACUGGAAUCUCCGAGCCUCAUCUAUUUGUCAGGCCAAUAUAUGCUGGAAAUGCACUUUGUACUGUUCGAUACACUGGUGUUGGCCCUUGUCUGUUGACCAUUAGAGCAACAUCCUUUCCGGUUUCUCCCAUCACAUCUGAUUCAAAAUCUAAUGAAGCUUCCAUCUCCCAGGUUGAUCUCUCCACCUUUGGUGAAGAUUCUGUUGGCAAAUCUCGAUAUGUUAAGCACACAUCCCAGGAUAUAGAGCGCCCUGAUCUUGGAAAUGCCCGUGUUGUGAUUACAGGUGGGCGUGCGCUAAAAAGUGCUGAAAACUUCAAAAUGAUAGAAAAGCUUGCAGAAAAACUUGGUGCAGCUGUUGGAGCUACCCGUGCUGCUGUUGAUGCAGGAUAUGUUCCUAAUGACCUGCAGGUUGGCCAAACUGGAAAGAUAGUUGCCCCAGAGUUGUACAUGGCCUUUGGUGUUUCAGGAGCCAUUCAACACUUGGCAGGCAUGCGAGAUUCCAAGUACAUUGUUGCUGUGAACAAAGAUGCAGAUGCACCCAUAUUUCAGGUUGCUGACUAUGGACUUGUAGGUGAUAUUUUUGAUGUGAUACCAGAGUUGCUAGAGAAGCUUCCCGAGAAAAAAUAAAUCUGUAACUUGGAACAUUUCAAUGGUCCACAAACUGCUUCAAGGCUGACAUUUGUAAAUCAGAAAUUUCAAAUUCAAUAAAGAAAAUAGAGGAUUGAAUAUA